CGAGAUCGAGGGUUAGGGUUAGGGUUAGGGUUAGUUCGUCCAGUCAAUCUAUUAUGUAAUAUUUUAGUCAUGAAUGUCCCAAUUUGGAACCCCCGACCACGGUGCCAUAACAAACAAUCAAAUGGCGAGCGUCACAACCCCGUCUCGUCUUGAAGCCGCAUUUGAUACCCCGUGUCUCUGCAUGGAGCCCUACGACAUCUAAUUAUUUUUAUUUUAUCAAGCUGUUGUAAUUUGCCCCUCAUGCCAGUCGCAACACGCAGCUCAUCCCGGCCUUUGGCAAGCUCCAUUAUUCCUAACUCCCCUGCCAAGCGAUGGCGGGCGGAGCCCCAUUUGCCAUCCGAGCACCCUAGGGGACCAGCAGAGGAAGAUCUAGAUGAUAUUGAUGGAACAACGCUGCAUCAGCCACCUCCAGAGAGUUCAAUAUCAAGUGGUAGCGAUUCGGAUCCUGAUUCCGAUUCUGAUAAUCCUAUCAGUUCCGUUACCCCCAUUAAUAAACAGAGUGCCGGGUUUUCAAGGACAAAAAACCCCCAUUCCAAUCCUUCGCCAACUCUACGCAAAGCCCCUUUGAGCUUGCCAGUCAAAAGCCCGAGAGGCAAGGGUGUGAAAAUCAGCCAUGUGGAGGUGCCUGCGUCUCCACUGGACAAUCCGGACAUCCGUUUGUCCGCUCCCCAGAGGGCUCAAAGGAUGCCCUAUCAACUGAACCCUCGUCUAAUGCUAAAUGCCUUACCUAAAUUGGAGAGGUGGUCAGACAAGAUAUUGCUUCUCUGGAGCCAAUACGGCUCUUCGUAUUCCCGGCUUAAGAGACACAUUACCAAUUCUACUGUCAAAAUCAAAAUCGAAGAAAGCUGGGGAGAUAGCUACCUGGGCUAUAAAAGGCAUUUUGGGGAUAGACAUUUUAUCAAUGUCGCCAGAGCUUUAGACGCGUUUCCUUCCAUCGAAGACCUAAACUGGAGCCCCACCGGAAUAUAUCAGAAAGCGAACCUCGCACAAUUAACGUUGGAUAUUAUAUAUUUCUGCAAUGGGACGCGGUCUGAUUCGCCUCUAGAUAUAAUCGACAGUUUAUUCCCCUCUCCUUUUAUCCCGGGAGAGGACGAACCACUCAGUGAAGAUACCACACGGCGCAUUUUUGAGAUUGGCCUGGAAAUUCGGACACAGCGGUGCAUAUUGGAAAUGAUCGAGUCCGGGAAGGAGAAGAAACCCGAAAGUAUUCUGAAAGAUAUCUUCUAUGGAGAUAUCUUCGAGGAUAGCCCAUUGCGCGGGUGGGAAGCUGACGGCCUUGAUGAAACCGACCUACCCGAGGAAUUUCGCGAUCGAAUCGAAGAGAGGAUCGGAAAUAUACGAGAAACAUUUCGGGAGGAUGACACAGCGGUGGAAAUCUCUCGCUUGAAAACUGCAUUCCCAUGGUCAGAAUUUGUGGUCCGAGUUGCGUCAUGGGUACGAGAGACAACCGAUCAGAUAAAUGACCAAUUGAAAGCCCAAGACGACUGCAAUACUGCCAUCGCCAAACUUCGGUCAGAAUUCGAGCCUAGGGCCAUUCUGGACCGGCAGAAAACUGACGAAAUUUCCCAACGGACACCACCUUUGGAAAGUUCACCUAAAUGGAGCCGGGGCCUUCACAGGGGCGAGAGGAUAUUUCGGCCACCACGAGGCCGGGAGGGUUCCCCAGAGCUAGGCUCCCGGCCGUCAGAAGAUGCUGCAGUGACAAUCGAACAUGAACAAAUCCCUGAAAAGGUGCAGGCAGCCUCCUUUCCCGAAACUGCUGCACCCCAGAAGUAA